GUUCACAUAUGCGGAGGGAGGCGGCCCGGGCUGGCCUUGGAGGGCAGAAAAGCAGACAUGAUACACUGAAGGCCUUUGGAUAUAAACUUUGGCAGUAAGAUGGAAGCAUAAAUCUUGAGAUUUAGAACAGAACCAGAAAUGGCUCACGAAUACUGAAACAGGACACAGAGGAGCCUCCAACACUUCUCAGUGUGAGCAGUGGCAAAGGGACAACUACCAUGGUAACACUAAUAACGGAAAAGCUGCAGAACCAGAGCUUGGACGAUCUGACAUGUAAAACAUACAAUAUUCACCUGUACUCAUCUGAGAAGCUGAACAAAAGUGGCAGCUUGUUCCCUUUCGAAAUCAAUGAAGAGAGCCCUUGGAAAGCUUUAAAUGGGGGUUGUCCAAUCCAAGCUGACGCGACCAAAAAUUCAGCUUACCCUUUCCCAGUGUGCCCAUUCAGUAGAGGCACAGCUAACAACGUGAGUCUGCAAUGGCAGCAGGAAUCUUCCAGCACAUCUAUGGUGUCCGGAUGGAUAAGUGAACUAAACCUUAAUGAAAACUCGGGGCAGCCUUUGGCGCCGCCUACCAAACGCCACUGUAGGUCACUCUCUGAGCCAGAUGAAUUAGCUCGUUGUCGGUCACCAUGGAAACCCGGCAGUUCAAAAGUUUGGACUCCUGUAUCAAAGAGACGAUGCAACAGCGGUGGCAGUGCCACCUUGCAACGCUGCAACAGUCAUGGGAGUGCAAACUUACAGAGAAGCACAAGUAUCAGCUUGCCACAAAAUGUUCUGUCCUUAAAUAACGUCUUCACUAUCACCAGCUUCAAUACUUCUCCAGUACCCCGACCUUCCUCUGCGAGCAGCGGCUUUGUGGACAGUAGUGAGGGAAGCACAAGUUCAAGUAUCCGUUGGAAUUCUGGAGGACCUUGUGACUUUAACCCUAGGCGUCGCCUCUCCCUCUCACAGGAGCACAUCACUGAGACAGGAAACCUCUUGCCUUCAGCCAACAGCACUCCCACCUCCACACCAGAGCUCAGCCGGCGUCAGGGCUUGCUGAGAUGCCGCUCACAGCCUUGUGUCCUGAAUGAAAAGAAAAGCCGGCUAAAGCGCAGACGGGAGGAGGAUGUACGGUGGAAUCGUCCAUCUUUAGACUUUUUUAAAAUGACACGGACUUUAAAAAAUUCGAAAAGUCUUUGCUCCCUUGAUUAUGAAGAAGAUGAUGAUGACGACACACAAAUGAAGACAAUUGUGUCAUCCCCAUGUGAUUCACAUGACUUUAUGAACAUCACCACCCCUGGUUCCAGUCCAGUGAAAGAGCAACUGGAUGAAGUAAGGCAUCAUGGGCCAUGCCAAGUUGGCUUCAAUGUAAGGGAUUAUAAGAAGGCAGCUGCAGUGUGUGAAAGUGACGAGGACACAAGUGAUUGUGACAGCACUGAAGAGGGCAUCUUUCCGCUAGACUGCGGGGACUUGGAUCUAGAGCAGAUUGAAAACAACUGAGGCUCAAAGUUGUGUACUAGAAUCAGAGUUGUUCUAAAUUAAAAUGAUUAGUGGAUUACCUUUGCAAUGCAUAAUCCAUGUCCCUGAAUCUCUGUAUUGCCUAUCUUGGGCCUGUGUUAGAAGAAAUGUUUCAGGUGGGGGGAAAAAAGAACCAUUGUUACCUGUUUAUAGUCUAUUGAUCAGUAUAUGAACAACAGCAAAAGACAACUGGAGGUUAAAUGUUAUUUUGAACAUUAAGAAGUAACUUUGAUUACAAAUUUCCUAACAGAUAUUUUGCAUUUUUAUGGCUUUUACAGUUCUGGAGAAAGGAUCUCUAUUUUGAAAUGAAUUUUCAGAAGGGCAUUCUAUAAAACGAAAUCUGUCUACAGUGAUUCUGGUGCGGGUAUAUGUUCCAUUUGUUAAAGAGCUUAAUGUGAAAAGUGAGUUGCAUAAUUAAAUUGGUAAUAAACCAUUGGAUAUCUGGAGAUCUGAACGCUUAAGUAUCUGGUUGACAACUGGUCCAAAAUACUUAACUGUCUCCUUAUACAGUGAGUGGUUAUAAAACUUCAUAACAUGUACAAAUGGUUUUUCAUACAUUCAAGACUUUUUGAUCAAAAUAUAGUAGUGACCUUAAAGGUUAACACUUUCCAUGAUUUUACUACUUGAAUUGUUUUCCAGCCAGAAGCAAUGCUAAUUUAGGUGGGAUGAGACUGCAAGUAGCUGCCCACCUUCUUGGUCAUUAUUAUGUUUUCUGUGGUUCAAAAGAAUGUACAAGAGCACUUGAACUUUUAAACAGGGACUUUGUAAUGAUCAAUUCCCCAGGAGGUGAUCCCUUCAGCAAUACUAGAAGGAAACUAGUCCUUGAAUUAAAUAAAAUGACAUUUUG